GACUAGACGUCUCUCAAGAGCUCCUUAAGCAACGCUGGUUUCAACCGGGCGUGCGAAAGGUGGCCGAGGAGACGGUCUUGAACGCGGCGAGACUAGUCCGAGCAUUCGCCAAUCUAGAUCGGAAUCUGGGGAGUAGCUCAGCUGGCUCUGGCCCUGCUGUGGCUACAGGGAGAGAGGCUGGACGAAGAUCCGUGCCACCUCCCCCUCCAGUACCCGAUCGUAGACCACGGUCGAGGGAGAGAUCGAGGAGCCGAAGACGCAGAGAGGAGAGAUCACCUUUGCGGCGGUCAAUAAAGGCGCAAGAGCUUUACCCAAAGGUCAGGGCACAACCACCCGCUGAGGCUGAACAAGAGGAGGAAUACACAGAGGAGUCUGACGAGGAAGAGGCAAGAGAAGAGGAUCCUCCGCGUGAGGAAGCACCUGUUGAGGUGAAACAGGAGGCAGGGCAGCGCCGACCAGCUGAACCUGCAGGCCCUCCACCAGGGCAUCAUUCAUCAAGACGCAGUCACAAGAAGAAGAAGAGGACGAGAGGAGGACGAAAGCAUCAGAGGCACUACAGAGAGGCCACAGUGGGAGAGAUGGAAUUUCCACCUAUACCGCCUGCCACGGAGGGAGUCGAAGAGGGGGAACCCCCGCAUUUUCCUUCUCCCGACGAUAUCCGAGAAAACCUUCGACGGCAGCCCAAACCUAUGGUAGCCACAACAUACAAUUUAGCAGAAGCCGAGUUCUGGCGCCAUUGGCAUGUGCCAGCUGGCUCUGUCGUCGUAUUCCCUGGAGGCUAUAUAGAGGAGUCAAGCACUGCAGAGUGCGCUGUCGUGGUCAAGGAAAAGGAAGCUACAGAGAACGGCAUCUGGCUCACGGUCAAGUGUUUGGGCUGCUCAGUGAAGGAGUUUCAGAAGACCUUCAUAGAUCACUUCAAGCGAGGAAAGACAAAAAUACAUCUCUGCUAUGGGGAGGCAACGAAGUGUCCCUUUAUUCUGGACGAGUGCCUUCAUCUGGAUCGGUUCACAUGGCAUCCCCCGGGGGAAUUUGCAGAAAAAUGGUUGAGUGCAGCUUCAAAGAAGGCCGUUGCAGAGGGUGUCAAAGCCGCGCUGGCCGAGUUGGAGGCCGAGUCGAGGCAAGCGCCCCCUGCUGGCCCAGACACGAGAUUGGAGGAGAGGUUGCAGAAGUUAAAAGAACGCUCCGGGCGAAGAGUCACCUUCGCUGGGGACGGCACGGCGCGACCUCCUGCACUCAGGGGCGAUGGCACGCGGGCGACUUGCCCGGGUGGAACUGGGCCAGUUGUGGCAAACUCCACACCUGCGCCCUUGAAGCUGAAGGAUCUAUCUCAGGUGAAGACCGAGGACAUGGACUUGAUAUCAGUAUCAGAGGAGAGCCAAGAGAAGAGCAAGAAGAAGAAAAAGAAGAAAAGGAGCGAUUCAAAAUCAUCGGACAGCCUUGUGCCGCCGUUGAAAAAGCGGGCGAAAAAGAGCCCAGGGUCAGUGUUCAAGAUGCUGGAGGAUCAAGCAGUAGAGCAGUUGGCCCAAGACGGUGUCUUGGAAGAAGAGUACAUGGAUGGAAGCGGAGAUGGAAAGCGGCCAAAAAUCUUCACAUACUUCCAGCUGGCACUGAAGCCGGGGCUGGACACCAAGUCAAGGGACUGCAGAGAAAUCUCUUUGCUGUCCAGGUGUCUCGACUUGCUUCGAGAAGGAAGAUUGGCCCACCUAGCCGAUACGUUAGCAGCGAGACUGCUGGCAGUAGAGACUGCCACUCGGCAGGGAUGGGCCACGGCGAAGCAUUUGGAGAUUUAUGGGCCAGACGAAGAAGGCCCAGUGCCAGCGCAUAUCUUGCUAUCGGCGCAGAAACACCAGCGCCAAGUGGAGAAAGCAGGAGGAAAGGGAAGUUGGUCGCGAGGCUAUGGGGGGGGCUGGUCAAGUUGGCAGACCGAGGCCUCGCCCAAAGGAAAAGGCAAAGAUGUGAAGGGCAAAGGCAAGAAAGGCAAAGGGAAAGGAAAAGGCAAAGGCGCGAUGGAGAACAAGCACGAGGUCGAGGCGAAGCCCAAGGAGCUGGGUGCUGGGGGGGCUGACACAAAGUCAGCCUUUCCGUGCGCCCCAGAACAGACGUUGAUGGAGGCUGGAGUAACACAGAGUAGCGUGGAGGAGGCAGCUGGCAACGUUGGCCGUGCUGACAUUGGGGGAAGGCCCCACUUACACGUGAAGAGUCAUGGAGCUUCGGUGCCACUGCUGCCCUUUGUGACGGGCCAAACUCGACUUCUUUUGGAGCGUCCGCUGGAAUCUCUCCUUGCGGAAAGCGAGCGAGGUGAUUUGUUUUGGAUGGGACAAAGCGAUAUGCAGCAAGUUCUUUUGAUGAAGGGACUGGACCCUCAGCUGGAAGUACAACGUGUACAAGGGAUACCUCGCUGGUUCACCCAGUCGGCUGCUUUGGCCACUUCGGACCGUGCGUGGUGGCAAGUAUAUUUGGACAAUUUUAUGUCUGGGGAGUGUAGUCCCGAGCAUCCUACAGGGGUAGCAGCAGCUAUGCAUGAAGUAUCUUUGAGAGCGUGGAGCGAAGCAGGGAUCUUGUCGGCAGCAGACAAGCAGGUUAUUAACGCGAACGUAGUGACGGAGCUGGGGGUCAGAUUUGAUGGAGUUGAGAAAUUGCUGGGCUCGUCGCCCGAGCGAAUUCUUAAGACUGUGUUGUCCACACUGCAUGUGCUCACCACAAAGAAUUGGAACAAGCGAGAAGUUCAGAUAGUGCUGGGGCGAUGGAUUUUCAUACUACAGUUUCGCCGGGCAGCUAUGGGUUGCCUGUCAAGAUGUUGGGAAAGUUUGGAAGGAUGGCAACCCAGCCCGAAGCUGAGGCAGUGCCUGUUUGAAGAGCUUUGGACAGUGAUGUGCCUGAGCCCUUUACUACAGAUGGAUCUGGAAAUGGAAUAUGACGAUCAGGUCACUUGCAGCGAUGCAUCAGAAACAGGAGGAGCUGUUGCAGUUGCGGAGGCACUUACUUGGUCGGGACGUUCCUUGGUACAUCGCUGGCUGCGAGCCGACCGCGAUCCCAUACGGCUUCCCAUUUUGGUGAUCUCAUUUUUUAAUGGGAUAGGUGGAAGUUAUCGUGUUUACGAUAUAUUGGGCGUCUCAGUUUUGGGGAAGAUUGCGGUGGAAAUUUCAAAAGCAGCUGUGAGGGUCACGCGCUGCACUUGGGACCAUGUGGAAGCUUAUCCUGAUAUAAAUCUCCUGGAGCGAGGCGACAUUCAACGCUGGGCAAAUGACUAUGCUCGUGCGAUUGAAGUUCACGUAUGGGCCGGUUUCCCAUGCGUGCAUCUUUCAUCAGUCAGGUCUGAUCGGAUGAACCUACAAGGAGAGGGCUCAAACUUGUUUUGGAAGCUGUUGGAAGUACUUGGUUGGAUCCAAGAUACUUUCUCGAGCUUCUGUAAGGUUAAAUUUUGUGUGGAAAACGUAGCAUCAAUGGACGAGCAGGCAAGGCAACAAAUCUCUGCAGAACUUGACGUGGCACCAGUGAAGCUUGACCCUGCAGAUUCGUUGCCAUACUCGCGUCCCCGCUUGGCGUGGAUUUCUGAAGAAAUUUAUGAGAUGGAAGGCCUCUCACUCUGGACUGAGGGUGAUUAUGUCAGGGCCUAUGUGGACGGGCCCGGCUUGGACAAUAGUCAGUGGAUAAGCAAAUUAUUCUUCGACUUGGUCUUGCUCCUGGUGCGAGUGCUCAUCCCUCGAUUGAGGUGCCGAUGUCCAGGUGGCUGUCCUAUGGAGGAGCUAAUGCCGGUUGAGCCUAGAAGGGUGUUGCUGGCAGGUCGCACUCCCGCCGAGCGACGCCGCAACCGUGCUGGUUUGAGGCAGACUCAGAGAAGCUUGGAGGUUAUUCAAGCAAUGGAGAAGGGUCGAGACACCAUCGAGGGCUCCCCCUAUUACCCAGAAGCAAAUCUGGUAUUCGUACAGGAACGAAAGAAGCU